AUGGGAAGAAACCAAACUUUUCUCUCAGAGUUCUUACUCCUGGGCUUGCCCAUCCAUCCAGAGCACCAGCACCUGUUCUAUGCCCUGUUCCUUGCCAUGUACCUCACCACGGUCCUGGGGAACCUGCUCAUCAUCACCCUCAUUCAACUGGACUCCCAUCUCCACACACCUAUGUAUUUUUUUCUCAGCAACUUGUCUUUCUCUGACCUCUGCUUUUCCUCUGUCACAAUGCCCAAAUUGCUGAAGAACAUGCAGAGCCAACUCCCAUCCAUCCCAUAUGCAGGCUGCCUGGCCCAAAUGUAUUUCUUCCUUUUUGCAGACCUUAGUUUCCUGCUUGUGGCCAUGGCCUAUGACCGCUAUGUGGCCAUCUGCUCCCCCCUGCACUACACCAGCAUCAUGAGCCCCCAGCUGUGUGUGUGCCUGGUGGUGCUGUCCUGGGUGCUGACCACACUUCAUGCCCUGUUGCACACUUUGCUUGUGGCCAGAUUGUCUUUCUGUGGGGACAACGCAAUCCCCCACUUUUUCUGUGAAAUAUCAGCUCUGCUGAAGCUGGCCUGCUCUGAUACUCAGGUUAAUGAGUUAGUAAUAUUUAUCAUGGGAGGGCUAGUUAUUGUCAUUCCAUUUCUACUCAUUAUUGUUUCCUAUGCACGAAUUGCGUCCUCCAUCCUCAAGGUACCUUCUGCACGAGGUAUCCAUAAGGCCUUCUCCACCUGUAGUUCUCAUCUCUCUGUGGUGUCACUGUUCUAUGGGACAAUCAUUGGCCUUUACUUAUGUCCAUCCACCAAUAAUUCCACUGUAAAGGAAACUGUCAUGGCUAUGAUGUACACGGUGGUGACUCCCAUGCUGAAUCCCUUCAUCUACAGCCUGAGGAACAGAGACAUGAAGGGAGCCCUGGGAAGAGUCAUAUGUAAGAAGGAAAUUCUCUUCUGUCUAAGACGGUAA